AUGCCGGCUCCCACCAAGAAGGUUCUCAAGGAGCGCAUCAAGGAGCUUGAGCACCAGCUCAACGAACAUCAAGCUCAACAAGAAGCCCGUGCUGCUCAAGAAGGCCUGGCAGCUGCUCACGAGGAGGCUGCGACUGCUGCCGAGCACCAACAGCUCGACCAAGCACUCGCAGCUGCCAAUGCAGCCAACAUAAACCAAGCUACUGCAGCUGCCAACACUGCAGCAAACGCCAACCAGGGUGGUGGGAAUGUUCCAGGCCCUGUUGUGAACAUAAUUCCCACCCCUCACAGUCCUGUCUCCAUUCGACAUGCCAUGGGAGUCACUCAGAACCUGUAUGCCAAUAUCCAGCACACCAUUCGCACACUCACUAUCUGCUCGCAGCUGGACUGGACUGAUGACUUCCGUCGUCAAGACCCAGAGUGCCUUGCCAUGCUCUUCCGUGCAGCACGUACCGCGCAUCCCGAGCUCCGCCGCUAUGAGAACAACUGGGCCAUGGCUGCAAUUGCUCGUCAGUACAUGCAAAACAAGUGCAAGCACGCUUACCGUCAGGGUUACAUCAGCAAGAAGGCCCGCAGACGCGGUCACAGCGGAGCUGAACGGGUGUUGGGCAGACGUGGUGGCCAGCGGGACAGCAGCCCCGAAGCGGGUGCUGGUUCAGACCUGCAUUAUCGUAGCACUGAUCUUCAAUGGAAGUAA